UUUCUUUCAAUACACUAAACAGUGACUAAACUUCCCAAAGAAAUGUGAAGGUGUCCCAUUGAAAUGUCUUUAGUCCAAAAUGCAAAUUACUCAAUUUACAGCUAUUGCUACUCCAUUUAAUUGGGAUACAAUGUGCAACAUUAAGAGCACGAGUUCCAUUGCUGUGCCGUGGUCCUGCAGAAGCAGCACCAUCAGUCCCGCUGUGGAGACGGAAAAGCAGCAGCCGGCGCUGCUCACCGGGUGGAACAGAGCAGGCGUGUGCGGUUUGGACAACUCGGGCAACUCGUGCUACUUGAACGCCGUGUUGCAGUGCUUGUGUUCCACGGUGCCCCUCGUGGAGCACCUCCUCAAUCGGGACACUCGCAAAGAGCUGGGAAGGUCCGAGUGCCAAGUGGCCCAGAUGUUUGUCCGCCUGCUGGAGGAGAUGUGGCUGGGCAGCGGCUCCAGCUGUGCCCCCGUGGAGGCUCGGUCGGUCAUGUGCUCCGUACUCCCCCAGUUCGACAACUACUCUCAGCAGGACGCACAGGAGCUGAUGCUCUUUCUGCUCAACGCACUCAACGACGAAUUGAAAAAGGUCGCAAGGCGUCAGGUGCUCUCCUCGGUGCGGCGGACGAGGCGAGGCCGGGGCGCAAACUGUGGUGCCGCGGCGACGGAGUCCGCCACCGUCGUCUCACGUCUGUUCGAGGGCCAGCUGGGCUACACGACCCUGUGCACGCACUGCGACCACGAGACACGCAGCACGCAGAGCUUCACCGCACUCUCCCUGCCGAUCCCCAAGGACAUCCCCAGGUGCUCCAUCCAGGACUGCCUGGCGCUGUUCUUCGGGCAGAGCGUCCUGACUGCCGGGGAGCAGGUGCUGUGCUCGGUGUGCGGCCUGAAGAGGGAAACGGCGGUGCACACCUCUCUGGACAAACCCCCCGAAAUCCUCAUGCUGCACCUGAAACGGUUUAGUUGUAAGGGGAGGAACCAGGUGAAACUGAGAACUAAUGUGUUCUUCGCCUCCAGACUCAACCUCUCGCCGUUUCUCCCCAGCGGCGCACAGAGCACCUUGUAUUCUUCAUACCGCCUAUACGCUGUUGUGAACCACACAGGUCAUCUGAACAUGGGUCACUACACAGCUCUGUGUCACAACGCCUGUACUAGAUCCUGGCACUGUUUUGACGACUCAGCGGUCAGAGAAGUACGGGACAGCCUCGUUCAAUCUCCAAACGCCUACGUGCUGCUCUACAGCCGCAAGCCAUUCCAAAAGCCAAAGAUCCAGGGGCUCUGAGCUCCCCAACC